AGACUGUAGUCACACACAACAGAGAGUGGCAACAGUCACAAACAUAUCCCUAAAGGACCAUCAAAGUGCGAAAGAACAAGAAAAUAAACUAACCUCUUCACAGAAGCCUUUACCUUAGCAUCCAGGAGACAAUUCUGAAGAAUGGGAUCUGCAGGGGUACACAUUGUAUGCGUUGCCCUUGGUGUGAUGGGACUGGUUGCUGCCAUAGUGUGCUGUGCUGUUCCAAAGUGGAAAGUGUCAUCAUUCACGGGACAAAACAUUGUCACUGCCCAGUCAAACCAUGACGGGCUGUGGAUGGCAUGUGUGGUCCAGAGCACAGGCCAGCAGCAGUGCAAGAAAUACGAGUCCCUCCUCGAGCUGGCGCCCGACCUCCAGGCGGCACGCGCCAUGACCAUCAUCAGCUGCUUCCUCUGCUCCGUCUCCAUCCUCAUCCUCUUUGCUGGCUCCGACUUCACCACCUGCGUGGAGAAUGAGGAUGCCAAGCCCAAGAUCACCCUGGUGGCAGGCAUCGGGAUGAUACUGGCCGGCCUUCUGCUCAUCAUUCCUGUCAGCUGGGCCGCCCACAACGUCAUCCGCAACUUCUACGCCAUAGGAACCGUCCAGAAGCAGGAGCUGGGUGCCUGCAUCUUUGUGGGCUGGGCCGGGGGUGUGCUGAUGCUGCUGGGGGGCGGGCUUCUCUGUUGUUUCAGUCGGGUUCAGUCCGGCAGCUCAGGGGGUACCGCAAAGUACUACAGCAACAGUGCCUCAGCUCCCAAUUCCAACUAUGUUUAGAGGGGCCUGAAGAGAGGGGAGGGGGAAUGUAGGAAAGGGGGGAUGUAGCAGUUAAAUCAAAUGGAGAUAGAGGGAAAACAAGGUGUAUUUGUGAAUAGGGGAGGUAGA